UCGCCUGUCAAUGACGAAAUUGAGAUGCGCCAGCAACACCACGAGACGAGUGUUGCAAAAACAGACACCGGAGGGUCAGGAUGAUCAGGGCUCAAUGUCACGGAAUUUUAGCAGCCAGCAGACCGCAGAGAGCCUACUUAAAUUCACUGCUGUCGUAAGAUUAGGAUAUAUGAGAUAUUCUGCAAGCAGGCAGUGACGUCUUGGAGAGGUCCUUGAAUCUCUCUCCAUCCUUCCACCUCUGUAGUUAUACAUCCACUGGUCCACCAUGUCUAUACAGAUCUGUAGAGUGGUGGAGCUGGUGAUGCGCUCUGCUUGCUGCCACACCAUCAGAAGUAGAUCCUGUUUGCGCAAGGCAGUGUUGCCCCCCGUAGGUCCCUCUGGCCUCAGUAUUCCUGGAGCUCCUGUGCUUCAUAGAAGGGCCUACAGCCUGGACUCUCUCUCUUCAGGUCCUGGUCGGCCCACGCUUGGUUCAAGUUCACAGCAGCCCCGCACAGAGAGGACGUCCCCCUCUGCAGCACUUACACACAGGAACCUGUCUGCUGUGGCUGUGCAGGGCCAAUGUCGUCCGCUGUGCCAUUAUGACUUCCUGGACCUUGGGGAGGUAGAAGAGAAUGUACGCCGUGCUCAGGCCUGUAAAAAAAUCAGACACUUCAUAGUGGACCCAGAGCUGGCUAAACUUGUAACACAGCAUCUAGGACCUGAGGAGCUUAAAGCUGUCAUCUUUGAAUGUAACCCAGGUCCUGGGGUGUUGACUAGGACACUGCUAAAUGCUGGAGCUCAGAGAGUUGUGGCUCUUGAAGGGGAUAGGUCCUUCCUACACGAUCUACAGGAGUUGGAAGGUCGUCUUGAUGGUCAGCUGGAGGUGGCUCACUGUGACUACUUUAAGCUAGAUCCCAUUGGCAGUGGAAACCUGAAACCCCCCGUCAUGUUCUCUGACAAACUGUUCACUGAUCUGGGAAUCUCAGAAGCGAGCUGGACUGAUGACAUCCCAGUGAAGGUUGUGGGUAUCCUGCCCCAGCGUAAUGAGCGUGGCAUGCUGCUGAAGAUGGUUUAUGCUUUGUUUGAACGGCUGUCUGUCUACAGAUACGGAAGGAUAGAGCUCAACCUCUUCAUAAGCGAGAAGGAAUACCUGAAACUGGUGUCUCGUCCAGGUAACAUGAUGCACUACAGAGCCUUCAGUGUCCUCUGGCAGAUGGCCUGUGAUAUCGAACUACUGCACAAGGAGCCCUGGGAGUCAUUUGUGAUGUCUUCAAGACAGAGUGUAACUGGUCCUAAAGGCAGGCUUCCCAAUGACCACCUGUGCUUGGUGCGUCUGCGUCCACGGGCUGAUCUGUUCUCUGCAGGCCUCACUCCCUCUAAUGCUUCAACUCUGCUGAUGAUGGUCAAACAGUGUCUGGCAAAGAGGAAGGUCAAGCUCAUCGACAGGCUCAAUCUCUGGUCACCAGAUAGCGGGAGUAAGCUGUUAUCCGAAAUGGGGAUGCCCGAGGACAUACUGACAGGACACGUAUAUCCAGAGGAGUAUCUCCGGCUGUUUCAGUUGAUGGACAAGAGCCAAGAGUUCACACAGAGCUGGCUUUAUGAGGAGAUUCUAGAGAACACACAGAGAGAAGGACGAUGGAGAAACGACUUCAAGUGACCCCCUCUGUUGCGCUGAACCAGGAUUCCCAUGAGUUGAUAUUUGAGACGAAAACUGUAGCAGAAAUGGUUUAUUUUGGGCCCUCACAAGAUCCUGUAUGUAAUCCACUUUUCAUUGAACUGAUUGUCAGUAGGAGAAAAAAAUUGGUCACAUGGAUGCACCAGGUCAUGCAAAUGACAUUAUUUUAAUUCAGAAAUGGACAUGUAAUACACUCUGAUACAACGGCUGUUUUGCUUACCCGGUAUACCUUAUAUUGUUAUAGCAGCUUCACAGAGCAUAAGUCUGCAUGUAUCUUGUAUUGCCUAAUUUUCCAGGCUGACAUGUUGAAGGGAUUAGUAGUGCAGUAAGUGUGCAGCAAGGAGGAUUGCAUAUGUAAAGGAAAUCAAGUUUCUUACUGUAUAGAUUCAUGUCUUGUAUAUUAUUGUAUAUUCAUUGUGAGUGCAUAAGCUUGUGUACAUUGCCUAAAAUUUCAUGCUUUAAGUAAUGUAUAAGCCGUGUGUCUAAUAUAAUUUUUAAACAAAUCAUUAAAUCAGAAUUUUGAUAAUGUAGUGUGGGGGAAGAAACUGAUUCGAGCCUGUUGUAGCAUGUGGUUGCACCAUCAGUGCUCUCAUUUUGGUGAGUCUGGGGGUUUUAGCCAGACUAAAUCUAUUACUUUCUUUCUCUGGUUGCAUAAAGUGAACACACAGUGUCAAUUAUUGGGUUGGUCAAAUGCCUUUUAGAUCUUUUCUAUUUUUGGAAUGAUGUGGCCAUUUGUUGUGAGCACUUCAUUUGUCUAGUUUCAUGUCAUACAUGUUAAGCAGUAAUACAUCUGCACAUAAAUACAGCUUUUGAAAUAAAUUAUU